CUAAAGAGUGUUUAUUCAAUAUAUCAACUACCUCCCUUGUUUUCCUAAUCAUCAUUUACAAAAGAAUAGAGGAAUCAACAGAUCAUUGCAUCAUUCCAAUUCUGUAAAAUUCAAUGGCAUGCAUCAGAUUGAUUCCACAUUCACAAAACCUAAAUUCAUUAGUAUCACACCAUCAUCAUCAUCAUGUUUCCUAUCCUCAACAACAUCACUUCAUCAAUUUCCAUCGCCACGUCACAAAAAUCAAUGCUCUCAAUAAUAAUUCCAAUAAACCUGAUGGUGUUCCUCUUUUAUCUUGCUCCGAGGCCUAUGAAAGGAUGAAAAUAUUCAGAGAAAAGAUAAAGGGAAAGCAGCAAUACCUUGCUAUGUACUCUAGUAUUUUUGGUGGGAUAACAAUUGAUCCAGAAGCUAUGGUUAUUCCUAUGGAUGACCACAUGGUCCAUAGAGGCCAUGGUGUCUUUGAUACUGCAGCAAUAAUGGACGGAUAUCUGUACGAGCUAGAUCAACACCUUGAUCGCUUUCUAAAUUCAGCAUCAAGGUCUAAAAUAGACCCACCAUUUGAUCGUGAAAGUAUACGAAAAAUUCUCAUACAAACUGUGAGUGCUUCCAAAUGUAGAAAAGGAGCACUAAGAUAUUGGUUAUCAGCAGGACCUGGUGAUUUUCAGCUCUCUCCCUCCGGCUGCCACCAGUCAGCACUUUAUGCAAUUGUAAUACAGGAUAUGUCACCGGCCGUGGCAUCAGUUAAGUCCAGAGGAGUUAAAGUCAUUACUUCGUCUAUUCCAAUAAAACAUCCCAAGUUUGCAAUCACUAAGAGUGUGAAUUACCUUCCAAAUGUGUUAUCAAAGAUGGAGGCAGAAGAAGCCGGUGCUUUUGCUGGCAUUUGGCUCGACGAUGAAGGUUUUGUUGCUGAAGGACCGAAUAUGAAUGUGGCUUUUGUCACUAAAGAGAAGGAACUUAUAAUGCCUUACUUUGACAAAAUUCUAAGCGGAUGUACCGCUAAGAGAGUUUUCACCCUUGCCGAGGGUUUAUUGAAGCAGGGUAAACUUCAGGGGAUAAAAAUGAAAAAUGUAACUGUGGAAGAAGGGAAGAAAGCAGAUGAAAUGAUGCUUCUUGGAAGUGGAGUUCUUGUUUGCCCUAUAGUGCAGUGGGAUGAACAGGUUAUUGGAGACGGCAAAGAAGGGCCGAUAACACAUGCUCUCUCAAAUCUGAUUGUCGAGGACAUGAAAUCAAGCCCCCCUACUGUUCGUACACCUGUUCCAUAUUGACCUAACUUUAUUUCCUUCUCAAAAUAUGAUUAUGAACAUUCAUAAUAAGUAGUUAUGAUCCUGAAAAAUACCUACUCCGGUUGCGAAAUGUGGUAACUUUACUGAUCAAUGGUAUGUAAAGUAUGAAAUGUAAAAAUAUAUGUACAUGUAUAUGUGGGAUCUUAGGGCUGUUUGGUGCGAAAAAAAUAACCUGAGGGGAGUGGUUAGAAAUUAAGUUCUGACCAUUUUAUAAGCAAGUUUAAAACAGUCAUCCGUGUUUAGGUUACUAUUUUGCUGCAAAUACCUCAACCAGAUGACAAA